AUCAUUUCUCGACGUCCAAACACCCCUUUUACACUUGGUGGUUGUGUUCUUGGCCGAAGAUACCCAAGAAGUCAGUGGUUGGAAUGAGCUUCCAGGAUCUCCAGAGUGGCGCCAAGCCGUCUCCUUCCUCAUUGGUAGGCGUUCGUUCCCCGGGCCAAAGUCCCUCGCAGGCCGUCGCUGCGGGCAUUUUCCAGAUCAACACUGCAAUCGCUGCUUUUCAUCGACUCGUCGAUGCCAUCGGAACCGCCAAGGACACUUCCGAUCACCGUCAAAAGCUCCAUAACACGAGGCAGCGGAUACUGCACUUGGUUAAAGAUACUUCUGCUAAGCUCAAGGCCUUGACCGAUUCCGAUCGGGACUCCUCCGUCAACCCGAGUAAAAAAGUAGAAGAUGCAAAACUUGCCAGAGAUUUUCAAAUUACACUCCAAGAAUUUCAGAAAGCUCAACAGCUUGCCUCUGAGCGCGAGUCUACCUACUCCCCUUCUGCUCCUCCUCGGUCUUCUUCUUUAUCAGCAACCUCUGCUUCUGGUGAACAUUUUGCAAUCAACGAAAACCGACCUUUUCUCUUUGAACAGAAGAGGCAGGAGGUACUCUUAUUAGAUAAUGAAAUUUCCUUCAAUGAAGCAAUGAUUGAGGAAAGGGAACAGGGUAUUAGAGAAGUAGAAGAGCAAAUUGGACAAGCAAACGAAAUAUUUAAGGACCUUGCUGUUCUUGUUCAUGAGCAGGGAGUUGUUAUUGAUGAUAUUCAAUCUAACGUUGGAACUUCCUCUGCUUCUACUACUCAAGCUCGAGUUCAGCUAGCAAAAGCUUCCAAAAGUGCAAAAUCCAAGUCUUCUUGGUGUUGGUGGAUGCUAGUAAUAUUUGUGAUAGCGCUGGUCAUCUUUCUCCUCAUCCUUAUCGUUUAGAGCGCAAGUGCAUAUACACUGUCUUGUGAGCUCUGCAGGAAUAUUCAUUUGUGUUGUACAUUUUUAUUAAGUUCGGCAAGUCACCACAUUUUCCCUGGAUAUCUAUAUGUAUUUCCGUGGAUGCUAGUAAUAUUUGUGAUAGCGCUGGUCAUCUUUCUCCUCGUUCUCAUCGUUUAGAGCGCAAGUGCAUAUACAUGCUGUCUUGUGAGCUCUGCAGGAAUAUUCCUUUGUGUUGUACAUUUUUAUUAAGUUCGGCAAGUCACCACAUUUUCCCUGGAUAUCUAUAUGUAUUUCCACUGUUUUUGUUUUUCUCACUCUUUCUUUUUGUUUUCUUUAGUAUUUUUUCUCUCCUUUCGGCCGGGAAUUUCUCUUUUUCUCUCUCUCUUUUUGGGUGUUGAGGGGAGCGGUUAGCAGUGAAGUUUUCCUAGGCUGGUGCAGCUCUCGCAUAUGUUUGUGGGUUCCAUUACUAUCGGAAGGAGUCAUUCUGUUUUCAUAUAA